AUGGAGGAAUGGAAUGCUUCCACACCCUCUGCGCCGUGUGACUGGCGGGGCAUUGUGUGUUUUCAAGGUAGAGUUCGUGAACUCCGCCUCCCGCGCCUCCAGCUGAGCGGCCGGCUCACGGAGGAGCUUGCUAGCCUGCACCAGUUGCGGAGGUUAAACCUCCAUUCGAACAACUUUAAUGGGUCUAUACCAGGUGGUUUGUCUUGGUGUGUCCUCUUACGGGCCGUUUACUUGCAGUAUAACUCAUUCUCCGGCGACCUGCCGGCUGCGUUUUUCACAAACCUUACCAAUCUCCAGGUUCUCAACCUCGCACACAACCAUUUCUCAGGGGGGAUUUCCGGAGAAGUUCCGGUGAGCCUCCGAGUGCUGGACCUCUCCUCAAACUCAUUUUCUGGCGACAUUCUGUCGAAUUUUUCAGUAACCCAUCAACUCCAACUCAUAAACCUUUCGUUCAACGACUUCUCCGGUCAAAUUCCUGUGACCAUUGGAACACUACAACAGCUUCAGUACCUGUGGGUCGAUUCCAAUAAACUCUACGGCACAAUCCCAUCGGCAAUCUCAAACUGUUCGGCAUUGAUCCAUAUCAGCGCUGGCGAUAACAGACUCUCCGGCGUGGUUCCGGCUACAAUGGGUUCACUCAAUAGUCUUCAAGUAAUCUCACUUCCGCAUAAUCAGCUAUCCGAUGUGGUCCCCAUGUCACUUUUCUGCAAUGUUACAGCACUAAAUGCUCAUGCAAUCAAGAUUCUUGACUUGAGCUUCAAUGGGUUCACGGGGAUGGUCAAACCGGAUAAUAAUCUCAUGUGUUUUAGUGCAUUGGAAAUUUUAAACCUUCGCGACAAUCAGGUAAAGGUCUUAUUUCCAGAUUUUUUGAUGAACUUUUCUACAUUGAAGGUCCUGGAUAUUUCUGGGAAUUUAAUCUCUGGUGUUUUACCAAAUAAUUUUGAGAAUUUAAAGGUUUUAGAGCAGUUCAGAGUGGGGGAUAAUUCAUUAACAGGGGAAAUUCCUGAGAGUGUAAGUAAAUGUGGGUUAUUAGGAGUUCUAGAUCUUGGAAAUAAUCGAUUUUCGGGUUCAAUUCCCGAGUUUUUAGGAGAAAUGAAGAACUUGACAGCACUGUUUCUUGGUGGGAAUUCAUUUACGGGUACAGUUCCAGUAAGCUUGGGGGAACUUUACCAGCUGGAAUUGUUGGAUUUAAGUGAUAAUAAGUUGACUGGGAAUUUGUCUACAGGUUUCAUGAGGCUUGCCAAUUUGAGCACUCUAAAUUUAAGUAACAAUAGAUUUUCAGGUGAAGUGCUCUUGAAUGUUGGGGAACUGAAGGGGUUAGAGGUUCUGAAUAUGAGCGGUUGUGGGUUUUCGGGAGCGAUUCCAGGGAGUAUUGAGAAUUUAUUGAGGCUCAAAACUCUUGAUUUGAGUAAACAAAACUUGUCCGGAGAGUUGCCUAUUGAGCUCUAUGGAUUGCCUAGUUUGGAAGUCGUUGCAUUGGACAAUAAUUUGUUAUCUGGCGAUGUGCCAGAAGGUUUUAGCAGUUUAUCGAGUUUACAAUAUCUGAAUCUUUCAUCAAAUGCUUUUUCCGGUGAUAUUCCGGCCACUUAUGGAUUUCUGAGAUCCUUGACUGUUCUUUCAUUUUCUCAUAAUCGUAUAAGUAGUUCAAUUCCAGUUGAGCUGAGCAAUUGUUCUAGUCUUGAAGUUUUGGAGAUCCGAGGAAAUGACAUGACGGGCGAGAUUCCAGCUGAUUUUUCACAUUUAAAUCGUCUGCAAAGGCUUGAUUUAGGUCAGAACAGUUUAACGGGUGAAAUCCCGGGAAGUAUUUCUAACUGUUCAUCAGUUGUUAUUCUGUUAUUGGAUUCAAAUCAGAUCUCAGGGCGCAUUCCAGACUCAUUGUCGAAGUUAUCAAACUUAACGACACUGGAUCUCUCUUUCAAUUAUCUGACUGGAGCCAUUCCGGCUAAUCUUGCAUUUAUUUCAAGCUUGAAGUACUUGAAUCUGUCCCAUAAUCGUCUCGAGGGUAAGGUGCCGGAUGCAUUGGCUUCAAGAUUCAGCGAUCCUUCCGUGUAUGCUAUGAACGCGAAUUUAUGUGGGAAACCAUUGAAGAAAGAUUGCAAGAACGUGAAGAGUCGAAAGAGAAAGAGAUUUAUUAUUCUCGUAGUUGUGGCUGCAUUGGGAAGUUUUAUUUUGGCAUUGUGUUGUUGUGGAUACAUAUAUGGCCUUUUAAGGUGGCGGAAGAAGCUGAGAGCUGGGGCUGCUGGAGAGAAAAAGGCAAAGCGAAGCCCGAGUCCUGGUGCAGAAGGGGCGCGUGGAAGUGGUGAAAACGGCGUGCCAAAGCUUGUUAUGUUCAACAAUAAGAUCACAUAUGCAGAGACAGUCGAGGCAACGAGACAGUUCGACGAGGAAAAUGUAUUAAGUCGGGGCAAAUACGGGCUAUUAUUCAAAGCCACUUAUGCAGAUGGAAUGGUGCUUGCCAUACGUCGUCUACCUGACACAUCCAUAGAUGUGAACACUUUCCGGAAAGAAGCCGAAUCCCUCGGAAAGGUUAGACAUCGAAAUUUGACAGUUGUUCGUGGAUACUACGCUGGACCACCACCAGAUAUGCGACUUAUAGUCUAUGACUACAUGCCUAAUGGGAAUUUAGCAACCCUUCUCCAAGAGGCUUCACAUCAAGAAGGGCAUGUACUGAAUUGGCCUAUGCGCCACCUGAUUGCACUAGGCAUAGCCCGUGGCCUAGCAUUCCUGCAUUCAAUCUCAAUAAUACACGAGGAUGUAAAGCCACAAAAUGUACUCUUUGAUGCCGAUUUUGAAGCCCAUCUUUCUGAUUUCGGGUUGGAUAAACUAACAAAAGCUACCCCAGCUGAAGCUUCCACAUCUGCCACCCCGGUCGGAACUCUUGGCUACGUAGCACCGGAAGUCACUUUAACGGGGCAACCAACGAAAGAAGCGGAUGUAUAUAGUUUUGGCAUUGUGGUGUUAGAGAUACUAACGGGGAAGAAACCGGUGAUGUUCACACAAGACGAGGACAUUGUGAAAUGGGUGAAGCGACAAUUACAAAGUGGCCAAGUAUCGGAAUUGCUGGAGCCGGGCUUGCUCGAGCUUGAUCCCGAGUCAUCGGAAUGGGAAGAGUUCUUGUUGGGAGUGAAAGUUGGAUUGCUUUGCACAAUGCCCGACCCUAUUGAAAGACCAUCCAUGACUGAUGUUGUUUUCAUGCUUGAAGGCUGCAGAAUAGGCCCGGAAAUUCCUUCAUCUGCUGAUCCAACAACACUGCCUUCGCCCACCUGA